AGAUGGAAACAGCGGCGAUGAUUCCGUAUGUUUUGACCGAGGAGGGGAGUGAAGAGAAGAAUACGAACCCUCUCGUUUCUCGCUCAUGCGUAGCUUCGCCGUAAGCUGCGAAUGGAGCUUCGAGUCUUCGACCCCACAGGCGCACCACGUCACCGUCCCGCUCUCACGCCGUUGUUCCUAUCUCUUUCGCGCACCUAAAAUUAUCAUUCAUUCAUUUCGUUGUUGACUCUCUCUCUCAUCCCCUCCCCCUCUCUCCCGUCUCUAGGGUUUCCCGUAUUCUCCUCUUCCCUGCUUCUGACUACUCUAGACACAGACCCGAGCGGUCUGAGAAGAUAUUCUUUUUGCCAAUCGAAGACCCGAGUGACCGCUUUCGAUCUUCACUUCCAGGUUCGGAAGCAAGUGGGUCUUUGGAGUUGGUCAGAUUCUUGCUGCCGCCGAGGUUAGAAUCUUGGUCGCGUUCCUACGAUUCAGCUGCUCUUAGCUUUCUGUUUUUGUGGGGUAGAGAUUUGGAUGUUAUGCUCGGGUUGUUAGACUAGUGCUGUCUGGAGCUCAAGUUCGAAUCUUUGCUUGUUGAUUGGGGGAAAGGUAUUUGGAGGCUUUUUGGUUUCUUCGUGGGUGCUUCCGAUAUUGGGGAUAUUUGAAGAUGCGAAGCUGAAUCAAUCUGAUCAUUGAAUACCCAGUGAAAAUGCUAGCUCUUUGGAGUUAUAGCCCUGUUUGUUGUGGCUUAUGAAUGGUUAAACAUCCCGGGAACGGGAGGUUGAUGAGCGAUUGACGAGCGUGUGUGGCUUCUGGUGAUUACAAUUUUGGGAUCUCGAAAAUGGACAGCUCUAGGAACAGGCAGAAUGAUCCUUUGGGUGUGAACAAGAUGGGCAAGAACAUAAAGAAGAGCCCAUUACACCAGCCAAACUUCCCCAACAACAGUAACAGUAACACCACCACCUCCACGAAUAACAACCCAAAUAAUGCCGCCAGGCAACAGCCGCAGCCUCAAGUUUACAACAUCAGCAAGAAUGAUUUCCGCAGCAUUGUUCAGCAAUUGACGGGUUCCCCUUCGCAAGAUCCCUUGCCUAGACCUCCCAACAAUCCCCCAAAAACACCGAGCAUGCGGCUGCAGAAGAUUCGCCCGCCCCCCUUGGGGCCUAUGAACAGGCCCCAUAUUCCCCCUCCUGCUGCAGUUCCUGUGGCUCCGCCUCCAGUUCCCUACAACAGCAGCUUCGUUCGGCCUCCUCAAUAUGGUCAGCCGUCGCCAACACCUUUGCCGCCUAUGGAACCUCGGGACCCAUUUAUGCAGAACACAACCGAUUCUCCUAUCUCUGCAUACAUGCGAUACUUACAGACUUCAAUGUUGGAUCCUAGUCCAACCCAAGCUCCACCUCAUUUUCCGCAUCAAGCUCCAGGCCAAGUUCAGAAUCAUCCACCACAAUCUGGUUUGCUUCACAAUCCUCAUCUUCCUGCGCCAAGAAUGAAUGGUCCAAUGCCACCUAUGACCAAUUUUCCUUCUCCUCAGAUGAAUGGUCCCGCACUUUUGCCCUCUCCGACUUCUCAAUUCCUCCUACCAUCGCCAACCAGUUACUUUAAUUUGUUGUCUCCAAGAUCGCCUUAUCCUUUGCUUUCGCCUGGGUUCCAGUUUCCUCCCCCUUUGACGCCCAACUUUUCGUUUUCACCGGCCACUCAGACAGGGAUUUUGGGCCCAGCUCCUCAGCCACCACCUUCACCUGGGCUUGCAUUUCCGCUGUCUCCUUCAGGUUUCUUUGCAAUCCCAAGCCCAAGGUGGAGGAUGUAAUAGUUUUUCUUGUUUUUGAGCAAAAUUGCGGGCUGCAAGUUCUCCACUGAAGGUCUUUGCAGUGAUGGAUCCGGUGCUUUCGCCACAUAUACUGUGGAUUCAUCUGCUUGUGGAAGCUUCCACUGUGAAAACUUUAUGUAUGAUUGUCAUGUAAGAGGUUCUGUGUAAUUUGAAGUCCUUUUUGUUUAUGUUCAUUUUCUUCACUUUUGCCUGUAUCGACACCCAUUUUGUAGCUUUUUCUUUAUUCCCGGUGACUUGGAUAUAUUAACAGCUGCAAAAGUUUAAUUUAGCUGGUGGACUAGUUCGCUUUAGGUGAUAUAGGAGAUUACAUCAUGCAAAUGGCAAUUUGGCAAUGUGUAGCAUGAAAGAGUCUGACUUCGAUUGAAAUGGAGGUAGGAAUUAGGUCCUGUACUGAGAAGAAUUCCAGUUUAUUGUAAUAAUACUGAUAUAGUCUUUGUUUCCAUG